ACCGACUGCAGGGUCGAAGACGGGGACAGAGCAGGAAAGACCUGCCCUCCCUCUCCCGCGCGGGGCACAGGUCUGGGAGGCUGGCGGGCGUAUACACAACAGCGCCUGCGCACCAAGGCACGAGACAAAAGGGUGACGGACUUUCGUCACCGAGCUUCGCCCAGCGGGCGGUGCCCGAAAUGCAGCAACCGCGGCUGGCACGGGGACGCGAUUUCGAUCCGGGGAGUCAAGGACACCGCGCGCCGGAGCCCAGCUUUCGCGCCUUUCGAGAGGCAAGCGCGCAGCCGCCACAGGGUCCGCCGCCCGCGGGGCCCGGACGCGAGCGCGCGGGCAGGCGCGUUGGCGUUUGUGCGCACGCGCCCUCAGACGCGCGAGCGCGCGCGGCGACUGGGAAGGUGAAGAAGGAAGCAGAGGGGAAGGGGUGGGGUUGAACGGGGCCUCGCGCAUGCGCGCUCCGCGCACACCAUUUGGCGGGUUUUCCUUGAUUGCUCCGUUUUGCUCCAGUCCUCGAGAUGCUCCGCCGUAGCUUUUAGGAAGCAGGACGUUCUCUCCAGAAGAGCGAGUUAACGAGAUUUCUGCUUCCUCCCUUCGGGUGUUUGGGGCUUCUCCCAAUUAAAAUAAGGCGCUCCUCCGUGACUGACGCCUGGGACCUUCUGACCGCCUGAGGGCUCGGGCUGUUUGGUCCCCUUCCGUCUCGGUCUCCCGAAGGGUGAAAGGAUCAGGGGAAGCUCGUCCUGCCCCUCGAUCUCCACGCCGCGGGUUCCUUAGACUCCGGUCCGAGCUCGGUGGGCCGGACCCCCGGCCGCCCCCUGAGUCACCAUGAGCGUGUCGGCCCAGCGCCUGGUGGAGGAGUUGCAGAUCUUUGACGUGGAUUGCGAUGAGGCUCUGGCUGAGAAAUUGGUAGAGCUGUGCAUUCUGUAUGGACAGAAUGAAGAGAAAAUGGCCACUGAGCUUAUAGCCUUCUGCACCAGCAUAGGUAACGUUCGCCUGACCUCAGAGAUCCUGAGCUCUUUUGAGCAUGAGUGUCUGAGCAAAAGAUUGCCCAAAGCCUCGCACAGAGCCUCCGGGGAUGGUGGGCACGCAGGAGCUAGAGACAUUGUUUCCAUACAAGAACUAAUUGAAGUGGAGGAAGAAGAAGAGACCCUCUUGAACUCUUACACCACACCCUCUAAGGGUUCUCAGAAGCGAGCUAUCACCACCCCAGAAACCCCCCUAACCAAAAGGACUGUGUCUACUCGGAGCCCCCAUCAGCUUCUCUCGCCGUCGAGUUUCUCUCCAAGUGCUACUCCCUCUCAGAAGUACAACUCGAGAAGUAACCGCGGAGAAGCGGUUACCUCCUUUGGCUCAGCACAGGGAGUGUCUUGGUCUGGAAGAGGAGGGGCUGGCAAUAUCAGCCUGAAGGUCUUGGGGUGUCCAGAGGCACUAACCGGGAGCUACAAAUCAAUGUUUCAGAAGCUUCCAGACAUUCGAGAAGUUCUGACCUGCAAGAUAGAAGAACUCGGCAGCGAACUUAAGGAACAUUACCAGAUUGAGGCUUUUACUUCCGUUCUGGUCCCAGCUCAAGAGCCUGUCACUCUGCUGGGCCAGAUUGGCUGUGAUACCAACGGGAAGCUGAACAGCAAAUCCGUGAUUCUUGAGGGAGACCGGGAACAUUCCUCAGGGGCUCAAAUUCCAGUGGAUUUAUCUGAGCUCAAAGAAUACUCUCUAUUUCCCGGACAGGUUGUAAUUCUGGAAGGAAUCAACACCACGGGUGGAAAACUUAUUGCCACCAAACUCUACGAGGGUGUGCCGCUUCCAUUUUAUCAGCCCACCAAAGAGGAUGAAGAUUUUGAGCAAAACAUGGUCCUGGUGGCCUGCGGGCCAUACACGACCUCCGACAGCAUCACGUAUGACCCCCUGCUUGAUCUAAUUGCCAUCAUCAACCGCGACCGGCCAGAUGUCUGCAUCCUGUUGGGACCUUUCCUGGAUGCUAAGCAUGAGCAGGUUGAGAACUGUCUGCUGACAAGUCCAUUUGAAGAUGUCUUCAAGCAGUGUCUACGGACAAUUAUUGAAGGGACACGAAGCUCUGGCUCCCACCUCGUCUUUGUCCCAUCGCUGAGGGAUGUGCACCACGAGUCCGUGUACCCACAGCCACCCUUCAGCUACUCCGAUCUGCCUCGAGAAGACAUCAAGCGAGUGUGGUUCGUGUCUGAGCCCUGCAGCCUCUCCGUGAACGGAGUGGUCUUCGGCCUGACGUCCACGGAUCUGCUGUUCCACAUGGGAGCCGAGGAGAUCAGUAGUUCUUCCGGAACUUCAGACAGACUCAGCCGAAUCCUCAAGCACAUCCUGACCCAGAGGAGCUACUACCCGCUCUACCCUCCCCAGGAAGACAUGGCCAUUGACUAUGAGAAUUUCUACACCUACGCACAACUGCCUGUCACCCCAGACGUCUUCAUUAUCCCAUCAGAGCUGAAAUACUUCGUGAAGGCGCCUCGUCUGAAGACAAGAACCAGGGACAAGCCCCAGCUUGGGGAGCUGGUUCUCCCUCAAGAUCCCCUGCACGUGAAGCACCCAGCUGCGGGGUAGGGGACCUCAUGUCUUUGUCUCCGGAUGUGGCAUUUGGGGAGUCCCGGGGCCCUCUUCCACAACCUUGAACCCCUGUUCAGGAAUAGCAUUUGUACUUCUACCAAUCCCAGGGUCGGCUAAAGGCCUGCCCCUCCCCACCUUGGAAAACCCUUGCCUGGGAAGAUUCACCAACAGGCCCUUGGCCAUGAUAAACAAGCCUCUGAGCCCUUAUCUCGUGAACCCAUGUGGCUCUCAGGGAGCCACGGCUCUUGGCAAGUAUCCUGGUGUUGCUGCUGAAGAAGCCUCGCGGGGAAUUGUAGUGUCUUUGUCCUCACUUGGCAAGGUGUAAAGCCCCUUUUCCCCUUAUUACAGACUCAGCCAUCUGAGUCCAGAGGCCCUGUGAGAUGGGGCAGUUGGCAGAGGGAGAGGAAAGACCCGCGGGGGCGGGGGGUGCGGGGGGAGGCGUGUGCAGGGCAGACGGAGGCAAAGGGGUGCAGCCUCCCGGGUGAGAAAGCAGGAGCUCAGCAUGAAUGGGAGCGCGAGUCCGUUGCCUGGAUACGAGUCGUGUGACUAUUGGAAGUGAUCGGGGAGGGCCAGGGCAGGCAUCUAAAACUCAAACAAAAAGCAGGGUGCGAACCCCAGAUUGCAGACAGGUCUGGCAGGCAUGUGCCUCUCUGCCACCAGACGGUCCCUUUGGCUCUUGUCAGGAAGUCGGUGCCCAGCUGAGCCAGCUGGCUGCUCCUAGGCCCCUUUUGAGCUGGGUUGCUAAUUUCUGGAAUCUUCCUCCCUCUCGCUCCCGCCUGCGCUGGGGCACGCGACCUCUGGAGUAAGGCUCUGAGUCUGGAGUGAGGCUCUGGGAGGGCAAUCGGUGAGGAGGGUGGGUGGAGGAAGCCGAGGAGCCGGGGCCUGGCCAGAGCGCCAGGGAUCCACCUGCUUCAGAACCCCCUUUUGCUCAAUGGCACCUCCUGUGGUCCUGGUCGUGCCUGUGUCCUCGGGACACAAGCCUUAGGGUGAAGCAGAUGGUCCUGAGGAAACAAAGUCUCUGUACUCUUACCCAGUUCCACACCUCCAUGUCCCAGCUGUUGUGCCCCCUCAGGGCCACCCGGGCUACCAACCACCUCUUCUGUUGCCGGUAGAGCCUGAGGCUGCCCUCGCUUAACCCUUGCAUGGCCACCUUUUAGAAUCCAGGCUCUGUCUCUAGGAAGGUCAGGGGUGAGCUGCUGAGGGGAACCCAAGUGGAUCCCCAGAACAAAACUGGGGGCUUGGGGCGGUGGGGGCACCCGGAGGGGGGCUGGGGCAGGGCCAUGACUCUGCUCCUUGGGGCCCGUAUCCUGCUCUGCCUUUCUGCAGCUACUUUGGGCCUGGUGUUUCCUUUCCCUUGACCUAGGGUCACCCAGCCCGGCUCAGCCUGUCUUGCAGCUUCCCCUGGUGCUGGGAGUAGCCUUUUGGGCUGAUAUUUCAUUUCUGUUUGGGACACAUUUCCUUUCCCCUGACCCUGAGGCUCCUGGCCGAGCCCCCCACCCCACCCCCAAGAACCAGUCUUGGUUGGCCACAUGGGGCUCUUCCUCCGGACUUGGGCCUUUGAACUCACCAUGAAGGGCCUUGACUGAUGGCGGGGCAGGGUGGGGGCUAACAUUUUAAAAUUUAUUGAGAUCUGGCAGCAUCACCUUUACCAUUUUAACGGGCACCAUGCUGUGGUUUUUAGUACACUCGCAAUGUUGUUUGAACAUCAUUACUAUGUGAUUCCAGAGGAUUCUCGUCACCUCUGAAAGAAACCCCAUCCCCACUAGCAGUCACUACCCCUCCCACUCCCUGCCCGCAUCCCCUAGAAAACACAAGUCUACUUUCCGCCUCGACAGACUUGUCUGUUCUGGGCGCAUGAUAGAAAUGGAAUCAUACGAUACGUGGUCCUCUGUGGCCGGCUUCGCUGAGUGUCCCGUUUUCAGGGGUCACCAUACCGUAGCAGGUGUCAGUAAAUUUCUUUUCCUUUUUUGAGUGAUUUCCCAUCGUACAGAUAGAUGGCAUCUUCUUCAUUCAUUCAACGGGGUGAUGGACACUGGGGCUGUUUCUAGUUUUGGGGCUGUUGGGAGUGACGCUCCCUGGAGCACCUGGGUGGCUUAGGUGGCUAAGCAUCCAACCCGAUUUGGGCUCAGUUCGUAUCUCACGGUUUGCCAGUUGGAGCCCCGCGUCAGGCUCUGCGCUGACAGCGCAGACCCUGCUUAAGAUUCUCUCUUCUCCCUCUCUCUCUCUCUGCCUUUCCCCCACG